AUGGCUGUUUCUCCUUGUAUACUUCAAAGGCUUAGGCCAAAUCUACCACCACUGCUUCUUCCACCUUACCACUACUCCCGCUCCCACACAACACUCACUGCUUCUGCUUCACAAAAACACCGCCCCAUCAGCCCUGACCUUGUUGCCCUGGAAUAUGCCGACCUUAAUCUCUCCCACAGAGUUUCUCCGGAAUUGGGUCAGGUUAGGAUCAGACAGCAUGUCAACCCACUUAGUGCCUCUUUCUCUGCGCCUAUCGAAGUUCCUGAUUGGAGUCAAGUCUUCAGAGACCCAACAUUACCACUAAUGGUGGAUAUUGGAAGUGGAAGUGGCAGAUUUCUUAUAUGGCUUGCAAAAAGAAAUCUUGAUUCAAAAAAUUAUUUGGGACUGGAAAUACGACAGAAACUGGUCAAGCGUGCUCAGUUCUGGGUAAAAGAGCUAGCUCUUGAUAAUGUAUAUUUCUUAUUUGCAAAUGCUACAAAUUCUUUCAAACAACUAGUAUCUACAUACCCUGGACCCCUGAUGCUAGUUUCGAUCCUGUGCCCAGAUCCUCAUUUUAAGAAAAGACACCAUAAGAGAAGGGUUGUCCAGAAGCCUUUAGUAGAUUCCAUCAUGAACAGCUUAGUGCCUGGAGGCCAGGUUUUCAUGCAAUCUGAUGUGUUGGAGGUGGCAGUUGACAUGAGAAAUCAGUUUGAUUCAGAAGCCAAUUCUCUCGAGCACAUUGAUGAGCUUGACUCGACUGUGCUGUGUGACAGUGAUGGAUGGUUGUUGCGGAACCCAAUGGGGAUAAGGACAGAGAGAGAAAUUCAUGCUGAAUAUGAAGGUGCUAAGAUAUACAGAAGGAUGUACCAAAGACAUGUUUAGAUGAUCUCUUACCGUUUGAAUGGGUUCUAUCAUCUAAAUUCACUUUUGUUGAACAAAUUAGAUGAUAGAUUGUUUUAUAAGUUUACUCGACUUCUGCGAAUUAACUACUGCAAAAUUCCCUUGA